AUGUACCCCUACUUCCAACGGUCCCGUAAGACACGAUGACCUAUCCUCCGCAUUCUGAGUGGGGUCGCAUAUUGCGUCGAUGCCUUGUUUUACUUCCUAUCAGGCCACUUCAAAGGAAGUUGAGCAAAAGCCAAAGAGUGAAAGUAACUCAUCGGGUAGACGAACACUUAUGUAGAAUUAAAGCUCCAACCAGACGAGGCAUGCAGCAGAUUAGAUAUGAGAUUUGUUUUUGUUCUACCACAGUUCAGGCAAUUGAAAGAGCGGAUCUGGGCAGGGAACACGUCGACGGUCUGAGAACCAACCUUUGAACGGUCUUAAAAGUGCUCUAGAAGAUUUAGGUUGGGAGAACCAAAGAUGAAUCAGGGGCAGCUGAUACUGUGGCAACUUUUGAAAUCUCGGGAGGAGCGGCAUCAACGAAACUGAAAGGCUUGACAACAUUGACAGUGGAGGCAACUACAACACCUCCAUCCAGCGUAAACCAUUUAAUUUCUCAUCCAAGAAAAUCAUAUUGCUUGCUCCUGAGCUCCGAAAAGCUGUCCAAACGUGCGCGGUAGCUUUAUCAGGUUGCAUAAUCGUCAUAUUAAUUCCCUUAAAGAAUCAUUCGUCCAUCCACUUCCAAAUCCAGUCUUUCCGAUAAUCAUUCUGGGUCGUAACUAUGACCUUUCGGCCCAUUGCCAUUGGGGAGGACGUCAUAGGCAAAGUAGCACAGUCCAAUCCCAGAAGGUUCAUUUGCAGUUUUUACUAACCACGUAGGUCCAAUUAGUCAUUGCGAAAGUGGCGUACUCCGGCGUCCUUAGUGUGGGACACAUGUGCGUGUACGUUAAGGACAGGUUGGUCGGUCCAGACGGGGUGGUGUAGGGGUGUCCAGCGGUGGGUUUACGUGACGGACGCAGUAGAUCACUCAACUGCUUGCAGGUGUAAACUACGCCUGGCGUUCAUUUUCUGACACCCAACUCUUACCUAUGACUCUCCGAAAUUAGGCUCUGCUUAGCGGCCACACCCCGGUAGCGGCAACGACCGGCGGGCUAAAUCAGGUGAGGGUAUCCGUGUGCGCAUAUCCGCACACGGUAAUCUUGGAUUCGCUGACUGGAUGGAUCACCGCAUCGGCAUCGUCGAGACGAGGCUCCGUCUGACACACUGUAGGAGGCCACAAUGUAGGUGAACCCCCAGGUAAGCGAACAUUGCUCUGCUGCCUUUGCUUUGCUUGUUCCCGUUUGCCUGCAGUCUGUCUGCUUAUUCGUAUUUGUCCUUGUUGAAAGAUAAACGAUGUUCUGUUGGAUUUCCUCUGUUGCCUUUGCUUCUUGUUGUUCCUGCCUACUUGUUCCUGUCCGUACUUAAUACAAGCUAAAUGUCGAUCUGUUGAUUGUGCCUACUCACCGCUUAUAUCUCGGCAACCAGUUAACCUAGAGAAUGACGGGAGAGCACUGCAUCCCGUCUCUCUACCCUCCCAUACCCUCCGUCUCCUCCCCCCCUUCAGCUUACAGCGAAAUCAGAAACAACACACUCUCGUCCCCCUCCCCCUCCCCCGCAGCCCCACUCGCUAGACUAGUACGGUGAGUCUACUCACUCUGGCAGCCUGGAAUGUUCGUUCCCUUCUAGACAAUCCGAGGACCAACCGACCGGAACGAAGGACGGCGCUAGUGGCUUGUGAACUGGCGCUCUACAAGGUGGACGUCGCUACACCCAGCGAGAGCCGGUUCUCCAAACAAGGCCAACUGGAUGAGGUGGGUGCCGGCUACACCUUCUUCUGGAGCGGUCGACCCAAGGCAGAGCGACGGGACGCGGGUGUCGCCUUUGCCAUCCGGAACGACAACGUGGGACGCCUGCCCUGUCUGCUGUCGUCGUCGUCGCCGCCGCUGAUGUGA